AUGAGUUCUGAGGAAGAAGGAGACUCACACCACUUUCUGUUCAGUGACGAUUUAGUGAACACUACGGCGACGUCUCACAGUUCUCAAGCAGUGGUUGAGUCGUAUCAACUCACUAACCCGAGCAACCCCAGCGACGUUCAUGUGUCUUUUGCACCCUUAUCUAUAUCUAAUCACAGAGGAGAUAGAGAUGGACAUACUGGCCACCGUGCGCCUCGAUCUCCGACAAGGGGUAGUGGACAGGGUGCCAAAGAAAACUCACCUUUGUUGGGACCCAAAUCAGAUUUUGAACAUUCGCUAGGUUUUAGUGUUUGGAACGCUUUUCCGGAUGAUGCCGAAUUUGCUGAAAUUGUAACUACAGCAGAACUGGCUAUAGAAAACGGUGUGUUUCCAGAGAGGAUAUACCAGGGAUCUAGUGGCAGUUAUUUUGUUAAAGAUACCGAAGGGAAAACAAUAGCUGUUUUCAAGCCGAAAGAUGAAGAACCAUAUGGACUUCUCAACCCAAAGUGGACCAAAUGGAUGCACAAGUUGUGCUGUCCGUGCUGUUUUGGACGAAGCUGUCUUGUACCAAACCAAGGUUAUUUAUCUGAAGCUGGGGCAAGUUUAGUGGAUCAAAAAUUGGGACUAAAUGUCGUGCCUAAGACAAAG